ACGGAUGCCGCCGCGCGCGCCACGAGUUGGGUGCGAGAACCCCGGAGCCGGGACCGGCACUGGAACCGGGACUGGGACUGGGACCGGGACCGCCAAGAGAGCCCCGGAACCGGCACCGGGACCGCCGACACCUCCCCCGGCACCACGACCAGGACUGGGACCGGGACUGCCGAGAGAGCCCCGCACCGGGACCGGCCCCCGGUGCCAUGGCGGGCGGCAGAGCGGGGUCCCGGCGGCGGCCGAUGACUUUGGCCGAGGCAGGCCCGGGCACGGAGAACGAGCGGCUGGGGGUGGUCCGGCUCAGCAUGCUGCGCAACCCGCUCAUCCUCAAGCCAGAAGUGGGGAAGCCCAUGAGAAACUGCUACUCCCUGCCAGGCCCUGAUUUUACCUAUGGGAUGUACUUGCACAAGAGAGAUGGAGGAGUCCCUGAAGCCAUAGGCCACUGGGACGCAGUGAAGGCCAAGCCUCAUAUAAGGGUCAUGCCCCGAGACUUUGUCACCAUGGGCCGCAUGGCUGUGGAUGAAGGCUGCACCACAGCCCGUGAGUUUGCUCUGUACUACAAGUUCAAGGACAUUCGCUGCAAAGAUGAGGGGAUACUCAGAUAUGGUUGCAAGAUACCUCCAGGCAUGACUUUCGGCAGGCCAGCACGGCCUUCCACUCCCUUUUUUGACCUCAUACAACACAGAUACAAGGAAUUGUGGAUGGAGAGCCAGAGGGCCCGGACAGUAGUCCAGCACGUGGUAAAGAAAAAGAUCAGCGACGUGCGUGGAAAUCGCACCACGUUCCUGCGCACGCACCCGCUGCCCGUGAAGGAGGAGUCCUUCUGGCACCCACAACGCUUCGAGAAGGCUGAGCCUCAUCUCAGGACUUUUCCAGACCCCGACUCUCGUAAAAAGGCUCUCAGUGCCGCCCACUGAGAAGUGCCUGCGAGUGGUCCCCUUCCCCAGAGGGCCCCCACAGCAAGGACCAUGCUGGGCACAGCCCUUGGACCCUGGGAUUCCACAGGCAAUAGACUUUCUCUCUGGUUUUACAGUUAUGCUAAUGCAGAUAUAGCCAAAUAAAUCAUAAAUGUAAGAGGAA